AUGUCUCAAGCUUACAGAGUCGAGUCUGAUGCCUUUGGUGAGCUGAAGGUGCCAGCAGACAAAUACUGGGGUGCACAAACCCAAAGAUCCUUCCAAAACUUCAAAAUUGGUGGUGAACGUGAAAAGAUGCCAGAGCCUGUUGUCAGAGCCUUUGGUAUCUUGAAGAAGUCCACUGCCAUUGUUAACGAAGAAUUGGGAACUUUGAAGCCAGAGUUGUCCAAGGCUAUCCAACAAGCUGCUGACGAGGUUGCCCAAGGUAAGCUCAAAGACCACUUCCCAUUGGUUGUCUUCCAGACCGGUUCUGGUACGCAAUCCAAUAUGAACGCCAAUGAGGUUAUCUCCAACAGAGCCAUUGAGAUCCUCGGUGGUGAGUUGGGUUCCAAGAAGCCGGUUCACCCAAAUGACCACGUGAACCAAUCUCAAAGUUCCAACGAUACUUUCCCAACAGUGAUGCACAUUGCAGCUGUCACUGAGAUCAAGCACCAUUUGAUCCCAGAGCUCGUUGCCCUCAGAGACGCUUUGCAAGCAAAGUCCGAGGAGUUCAAGGACAUCAUCAAGAUCGGUAGAACCCACUUGCAAGAUGCCACUCCAUUGACCCUUGGUCAAGAGUUCUCUGGUUACGUUCAACAACUCACCAACGGUAUCGGCCGUGUCGAGAACGCGUUGAUCAACUUGUCCUUCCUUGCUCAAGGUGGUACUGCUGUCGGUACUGGUCUUAACACCAGAAAGGGCUUUGCCGAGGCUGUUGCUGCUCAAGUAUCCAAGGAGACAGGCCACGAGUUCAAGACUGCUCCAAACAAGUUUGAAGCUCUCGCUGCUCACGAUGCCAUUGUUGAGGCAUCUGGUGCUUUGAACACCGUUGCUGUUUCUCUUUACAAGAUCGCCAACGAUAUCAGAUACUUGGGCUCUGGUCCACGUUGUGGUUACGGUGAGUUGUCUCUUCCAGAGAACGAGCCAGGUUCCUCCAUCAUGCCAGGUAAGGUCAACCCAACUCAAAACGAGGCCCUCACCAUGGUUGCUUGUCAGGUCUUUGGUAACCACUCUGCCAUCACCUUUGCCGGUGCCUCUGGUCAAUUCGAGCUUAACGUCUUCAAGCCAGUUUUGAUCUCCAACUUGUUGUCAUCAAUCAGACUCAUCGGUGACGGUGCCAACUCCUUCAGAAUCCACUGUGUUGAAGGUAUCGUUGCUAACAAGGACAAGAUUGAGAAGACUUUGCACGAAUCUCUCAUGCUUGUUACCGCUUUGAACCCAAAGAUCGGUUACGACAUGGCUUCUAAGGUUGCUAAGAACGCUCACAAGAAGGGUCUCACCUUGAAGCAAAGUGCUCUUGAGCUCAACGCCUUGACUGAGGAGGAGUUUGACGAGUGGGUCAGACCAGAGAAGAUGAUUGGUCCAAAGGAUUAA